AUGUCGUCAAACACCCUUAGAGAGGCUCUUCGCGAACUGGUGUACGCAAACCACAUACUUCACUACCAUGAUGCAGUCGACGCAUACGGACACGUUUCGAUUCGCCACCCUGAGAAACCGGAUGUUUACAUUAUGUCUGGAUAUCUCGCGCCAGCCCUAGUCGAGUCUCCGGAUGAUUUAAUCGAGUAUUACAUCCAUGACAGUUCUCCGGUAAAUCCGGACAGUAAAAAAGGCUACCAAGAGCGUUUUAUCCAUGGCGAAGUUUUCAAAAGGUACCCGGAAAUCAAUUGCGUUGUCCAUAGCCAUGCUGAGCAAGUGCUACCGUAUACCAUGAAUGGUGUAGCCCUGCGUCCAGCUUUUCACAUGGCUGGGUUUUUAGGCCAGCAUGUCCCCAUCUAUGACAUUACAAAGUUCUACCAGGAUGGCGACCAGCAAGAUAUGCUGGUCAACACAGUUAAAUUCGGCUCCGAACUUGCCAAUCUAUUCACGGAGACCAAUAACUCCUUAUCCCCAAACAAUAAGUCUCCUGAUCACACCGUCGUGCUCAUGAAACGGCAUGGCUUUACUACACUAGGGAAGAAUGUUCCAGAGGCAGUCUAUCGGGCCCUCUACACCAAGACAAACGCGGGCGUUCAGACAAAUGCAGUCAUGCUUCAUAAAGCUUAUUUUGGAUCACAGGCUGCAUUUGAUCAGCAGGACCUUCCGUAUUUGAACGGCAUAGAAUCGGAGGGUUGCCGGAAAAUGAAUGAGGGGACUCAAGAUAAGCCCUGGAAGCUUUGGGUCAGAGAGGUUGAAGCGUCGUCGUUAUAUAAGAAUCUGACUUAG